CCCAUAACCCACACAAACAAGCUAAGUCCUUCACUACAAUCUCUUGGACAAAGCUAAAUCAAUUUCCUUUUGGAAGCAAAGAAACAUGGCCAGUUCACAUCGCGCCAUUUUCUUCACAAUAUUACUACUUCUAGCUGUUGCAGCAGCUGCCACGGCCUCCUCCGCCGGCGGCUCUCCGCUGUCUCCUUACUACUAUUCCAAAAUCUGCCCCAACGCCUUACCCGCCAUUCGACGCGUCGUCGAGGCUGCUGUCUCCCGCGAGCGCCGCAUGGGCGCCUCGCUUCUUCGCCUCCACUUCCAUGACUGCUUUGUCCAGGGCUGCGAUGGGUCGAUCCUAUUGGACGCGACCCCGACGAUCGACAGCGAGAAGACGGCCCUCCCGAACAACAACUCUGCCCGAGGCUUCGAAGUAAUCGACAUGAUCAAAUCCGAGGUUGACAAAGCCUGCGGCGGCAAGCCCGUCGUGUCCUGCGCCGACAUCCUAGCCGUGGCCGCUCGCGACUCGGUCGUGGCGCUGGGCGGGCCCAGCUGGGAGGUACAGCUAGGCAGGAGGGACUCCACGUCAGCGAGCAGGACCACAGCGAACAACGACAUACCGACGCCGUUCAUGGACCUUCCCGCACUGAAAAGCAGCUUCCAGAAGCAAGGGCUCAACGAGCGGGACCUCGUGGCGCUCUCCGGGGGACACACCAUCGGAUUCUCGCAGUGCCAGUUCUUCAGGAACCGGAUCUUCAACGAGACGGCGGCAACCAUUGAUGCGGAGUUCGCGAGGGAGAGGAGGGCCAGCUGUUUCGCCGGCUCCGGGGAUGCCAACCUUGGCUCGCUGGACGGUUCGCCGGCGAGGUUCGACGGUUCGUAUUUUAAGAACUUGGUGGAGAAGAAAGGGCUGCUUCACUCCGACCAGGCGCUGUUUGCCGGUGGGUCGACCGACUCGGUUGUGAAGGGCUACGGUUCGAACAAUGGGCGGAGCUUCUGGUUCGAUUUUGCGAGCUCGAUGGUUAAGAUGGGGAACAUCAAGCCGUUGACCGGGAACCGUGGUCAAAUUCGUGUCAACUGCAGGAAGGUCAACGCAUGAUAUAUUCCGGAUGUUGACAUGUUGUGGUUGCAGUGGUUGGUUGUAUUUUGGUUGAGUGAAUUUGGUUUUUCAACUCUCAUCCAUUUGUGUAGCUUGGAAUUACAAGUGCCGUAGUACUUUUUUUUCUUCUUCUUCUUUUCUUCUUCUAUCAUAUGGAUUCAUUCAAUUGUGGGUAUCCUGUUUCUCUUUUCUUCUCCUGUUACGUAACUUGCAUUGCAAGGGUGGAAUUUGCCUCGUGAUUCCAAUGGGUCUUAUAUAAAGCAAAUAAAUUAAUUAUCUUUUU